AUGGCUCAUAGCAUCAUUGGUCUAGUGGUAGAAUUCGUCGUUGCCAUCGACGAGGCCCGUGGAUCAGGAAAUAUCAACAGCCAAUCAGCGUAUUCAACGCCCAUCGGUUCCAGCAUCAUUGGUCUAGUGGUAGAAUUCGUCGUUGCCAUCGACGAGGCCCGUGUUCGAUUCACGGAUGAUGCACAGUUCUUUCUUUUUGCUCUUUGCCAUUUCGUUGGAAGCACGUGUCCAACACCCUUGGUUCCUAGCAUCAUUGGUCUAGUGGUAGAAUUCGUCGUUGCCAUCGACGAGGCCCGUGUUCGAUUCACGGAUGAUGCACAGCCCUUCUUUUUGUGUUUUUGCAUUGUCAAUACCUUUUUAUCUUGA